GUUACUCAUUCAUCAUACAAAACGAUAAACUGCAGACCGAGUCUUUAUAGGAUAUUUUGAAUGUUUUAUCGUUUAUUGUGCAUUCCAGUGUUCUGAAUAAUACGCGCGACCGUUGUUCAAAUAGCGUGUGUCUCUUUCUAUAUAAUUAAUACAAUUGUACAUAGACACAAUCAAUAUUGUGAACGGAACUAUUUACAAAUACGGUGUAAGGGACAGUUCUGUAAACAAACUCAACAUUCAACUGACAUUUCUAUUUCAAUUCCAUUCGAAUCAAUGAUAUUAAGCGUACAUGGUCGGCUUUUUCGUAAUUAUUUUUUCGGAUAUUAUUGAACGAUUUUGGUUUAAAAAAAGAUAAUUUUUCAAAGUGUCAUAAAGAGGAUCUAUUUUAUUUCAUACAAUUUCAAAUAGCUGACUGUAAAUAAAUGGUUGGGAACAAAGAUCAUCCGAAUGGCAGCGUCAGAGUCAAGCUGGCCAAUGAAGACACGCCCACUCUGGCAUUGGACCCAAAGGACGAGUCCGAGGGUGGGAGGAGUGGGUUGGGGACGGAGACGCCACCCCGGGGAAAAUGUUCGACGUGCUUAGGAAAACUCAGCACAGCAAUUGUGGCUGGACUGGAAAAUGCAUUUUACAGGUUAGGGAAACUUGUUGCUAGAAACCCGUGGAAGUUCAUGCUGGCGUGUCUAGUCACGUGCAGUGUUGCAGGGGCGGGGCUUAUGUUGUGGCACGAGGAAACAGAAUAUGUGAAAGUGUGGCUGCCCCGGGGAUCCCGCAUGUACGACGAACAUCAGUGGGUCGUCCAGAACUUCCCAGAGAGCAUCCGCUACGAGGCUGUUAUAAUAGAGGAUGAGAACGUACUUUCCCCGCGCUCAAUUAAUGCUAUCUACGACCUCUACAUAAGUGCUCAAAACUUCGAUAUUGUUAACAACAGCUCAUUGGAAGAGCUUUGCAUCAAGACGGGUCCUUUCUGUCGAGUUAACAGCAUUCUGGAACUGUGGGCAUACAACGAAACAAUUAUACGAAGUCUUUCCGACGGAGAUAUACUACGAGCCGUUAAUCAGCCAAAAAUAAUCAGCCCCUUAUACCGUAACGAGUUAAACAUUGACAAGAUAUUGGGUGACAUCAGCCGGGACAACAGCAGCAACAUUGUCGCAGCAAGAGCAACGUCCAUGUUCUGGUACCUCAGGAAAAACGAAUCCACUGAAUUGGAGGCAGCAGACUGGGAACACAAAUUGAUUGAUCUUAUGAAUGUACAAGGCCAUGAAGAUCUUGAGAGUCUCUACAUCUACACAGCAAGAACUUUUGAUGACGAGGCCAUGGGCGCCUUAUCCAGUGAUGUGAACCUCCUCUCCAUCGGCUUUAGUCUUGUCUUUAUCUAUCUCUCCUUCUCUAUCGGGAAAUACAGCUGGGUCGAGCAAAAGAUAUGGUUGGCGUUCUCCGGUCUCCUUAGUAUUGGAUUGGCCAUCAUCUUCACAUAUGGGAUCGGGUUUGCAACUGGCAUCAUGUUCGGACCCAUACAUCAGAUCCUUCCAUUCAUGCUGCUAGGUAUAGGUGUGGAUGACAUGUUCGUGAUAAUGGAGUCACUACGGCAGCUGUCUCCACAGGAACGCUCACUUCCGGUGGAGGAGCGAGUCGGGUUGAUGCUGAAACACGCGGGAGUCUCCAUUACCGUCACCUCCGUCACCGACAUUGUCGCCUUCGCCAUCGGGGGAUCGACUGUGAUACCAUCACUCAGUACGUUUUGCUUGUACGCUGCUAUAGGAGUGUUUGCCCUUUAUAUUUUACAAACCACAUAUUUCGUCGCCUGUGUCACCUUAGACGAGCGCAGGAUUGACUCGAGACGAAACGCGUGUAUCAUCUGCUAUAAGCAUCCACCAGACUACAAAGAAUGGAAACAUUACAACUAUAGCUUACAGCAUGAGUUCAUGAGGCGAUUCUGGGGACCACUAUUGACAAAAAAGCCUAUGAAGGUGUUUGUAAUUGCCGUAGCCAUUGGUCUGUCCGCUUUGAACAUUUGGAGUUUCAUCCAACUGAAGCAUGACUUUGACCCCAGUAUGUAUCUCCCCUCGGACUCAUACUCUCAAAGAUACGUGAAAGCCGAUAGAAAGUUCUUUCCCGAUGACGGUGCUUUCGUUCAAAUGUACUGCGAUGAAAUGAAUUACGAAGAUAAUUUGGACAAUCUUCGCACUCUCUAUGAAAAAGUUAAAUCCACGCCAACUGUACAAUCAUCGACUGUUGACUUUUGGCUAGCCAGUUUUUUGCAAUGGCAGAACACCUCAGCAUCCAUGUCCUUCGUGCCAACCAUGACUGAUAGUUCUGCAAUAAAAAACGGGAGCAUGGCUGGAAAUUUGGAUGGUUCAAACACGAACAUUUCUUUGGGCGGAAAAGACACCGAUGCCUUGAAAGCUCAAUAUGCUGUUCAGAUGGGAAAUGAUUCCAAGUCGCCUUUAACAGACACGAGCUUUGGCCAAAACUUCCUGUCCAAGCUGCUGUAUUUCAUGACAACAAACAACGGGAGAGUGUAUUGGAGAUACCUCAAGUUUGACAACAUGAAACAACCAACCAGAAUAAUGGCAUCAGUGUUGACUUUCCGGCAUGUAAAAUGUACGACGUCUGUGUGUAAUAUCGCGGCGAUGGAGGAUAUGAGAGAGCUCGUGGACAACUACCGGUUCAUUGGCGGAGGACGUUGCUUUGUCUACUCCCAUCCACAGUACAUGUUCAACGAAACAAAUAAGGUUUUGAAACUGGAGCUGUACAGGAAUCUAGCCCUGGCGGCUGUGUGUGUCUUUGUUGUUACCCUCAUCCUCAUUGCCAACUUCUGGGCGAGCAUUCUGGUGUUUGUUUGUGUCGUAUUUACCGUGGUGGACGUAGCAGGGACGAUGCAGUUUUGGGACAUAUCAAUCGACACUGCGUCAAGUGUACUUCUCAUUCUUUGUUUUGGACUCGCCGUGGACUAUUCUGCACAUGUUGGACACACUUUUAUGACACACACAGGCUCUAGAAAUGAGCGGACGAAGAAGACGCUGGUUCACAUUGGUCCAGCAGUAUUUAGCGGAGGUUUUAGCACCUUCCUCGCGUUCCUCCUUCUUGUCAAUAGCAUCAGUUAUGGUUUCACGCUUUUCUUUAGGAUAUUUACAACUGUUGUGAUAUUUGGUUUAUUCCACGGGCUUGUGUUCCUACCGGUGAUACUCAGUAUUCUUGGACCAGACCCAUAUGACACGAACUUUCUCUCUCCGUUGGACACAGAUCCGACGAAUAAAGAGUUAAAUGUAGAUUAUGAACUGUAUGUGCAUCGUACAAACGAUGACAAACUCAUUCAUUGGACUGAAAUGCAGCCGCUGAAACAAAAUGGCAACGCAAAUGGUGAUAUUUUUAACAGUGAUUUUCCUCCUAUACAAAAUGGAGAUUUGUGCAAUACUGUGGGACAUGUUCCAUAUGAAGAAUCAAACAAUGUCAAUGGGCAUCAUCAAAAUCCAAGGGUUAUCAGUUCUUAACAAAUUACACACUGAAGGAAAGAUGAGAGAUACAUGUACACAUUUAUGAUGCACAAUAUGGAAAACAUUCAUGCAGUUUCUAGAAUUCAUGCUUUCAAAACUGGAAGUUUUCCAUAGUUGGGUCUCCCAUAGAUGACUGUAAAGCUGACCGGAAUAGCAUUGUCUUUGAAAAUGUGUCUUUUAAAAGAUAAAAGUUGGUGUAAUCAAAAAUGGGUACAUCUGAACAGAUCCAUUUAUCUUUUAUAGCUUUCAGAGUUUUAUUUGUUUAUUAAGUAUAGUUUAUUAGCAGUAGCUAGAUGAAAUCUAGAAAUACAUGGCAAACAAAAGGAAAUAUCAGUUUGUGGAAAUACUUAUGGACGGCGUAUGACAUGUAGUCCAAGCAGCAUUUAAGCUAAAAAUCAAAUUCAGAGGAAUUCUAGAACCUUUGCCAACAGGCCACUUCAUCAAAUCUGAUGGAUUCGAUAUUCGUUAAAGGCAAACUUACUUCAUAGCAUAUUUUCUUAUCAAGAUAACAAUGCCCAAACGUCAUCAGCAUUUUAAAUAAUUGACAUAGAAUGUUGUGUUCCUAUUAUCCAGUAUUCCGGCUCUUAUUACGAACAACUAUCAAACGGAUCCCUGGUACAGAUCCCUUACUCUCAAAGAGCUACCUAGCCGCGCAACAAAUCCUCAGAACGGCAAUGAAAAAUACGGCAAUAUUUUCAUAUAUAUAAAAACGGAUACCUGGUACAGAUCCCUUACUCUCAAAGUGCUACCACCUGCCCGCGCAACAAAUCCGCAAAACGUCAAUGGAAGAUAGGGCACAGUUUUCAUAUGUCUAAAUGAACAAAGAUACAACUGAUUCAAGGAUAGUCAGAAGUGUUGCAGCAUCACAGCCCCUGAAUACAGCAUCGUGGAAUAUGACAUAUCUGUAGGGAACAAGGAUUAACAAAACCAAUGAAGAACAACAGGGGCGGUAUUCAUAAAACUUCUUUAGUCAUUUCCAAAUUUAAGUCAAUUUCUUAAAAUUGUCAUAGUCAAAUGAAAAAAAAUGUAUAAGUGUUUUUAACAUUAUAGUAUGUUUUUUUUUCAGCAAGGUCCAUAGAAAUGAUGCUUAUUUUUAUUUCAUAUCACAAAAGAGAUAUUAAAAUACGGAAAGUGAUCUAAGUUAUGAAAUGGCUUAAGAAUUUUUAUAAAUACCGAAUAAGUUUGUCAAGAGGGCAUUGACACAUUUGGAAUAGUGUUGUAUUUCAUGACAUACAAGUCGGAAACGCAAGGCCUAACAACUUGUCGCGAUGAUUUUUAACGUGAAAAAUUCUCUACCUUUACUUGAGAGCAUCCUUAAUCCAUUAAAUUUGCAAUCAUUUUUGAUAUUGAAUUACAAAAUAUAAUUUGAUUAUUUGUCAACUGACUAUUUGAUUUACAACGGGCGAAUUGUGAAUUUGUGUAUAUUAAUAUGUAUUGAUUGAAUGUUUCGACUAUGUGUCUCAUUUGUCUAAAUAUUAUGACUGUGCCAUUUCAUUUAUUCAGUCAUGUUGUCACACGUACAAUUCCAUUGCCAUUUUAAGAGUUUGAUUUACAAUGCAAAUAACAAUAGUCAAGAAAUAAACUGCUAUUUUAUUUUAGACAAUAUAUUGAAACUAUUCAAUUUACUUACUAUAAGCAUGUAUAUUUUGUUUAAUAAAAUAAGCAUGCUACUACAGUGAUUUUUCUUUACAUUACACCUUGAAAAAUAAUUAUUUCGGAGACGAAACUAGAAAAAAAAUAUGUUCGAACACAAUAAUGAAUAAGUUUAAAAAACUGCUAGAUUUUUGUUUUUGUGGAAUAUUGUGUAAUGUUGACACUUUGAUCUUUUUUUAUAAUGCAUUAAAAUGUUAAUUCUGUGCAAUUUUAAUAUUAAAUAUUUUUUUGGUAUUAUAUCCCAUAUUAUUUAUUUUUCUCUUUGUUUUCACUUAAGUAUUAGUCUUUCACAUGCCAUUAUUUAUAAUUCAUAACAUUAUAAAAUUAAUUUGCAUUUUAUUGUUACAUAGUGUUAUAUAUAUAUAUCGAUAUAUUUCAAAUUAAAUGCACAACUCGAUGCAAACAAAGUUGUGUGCGGUUCACAUUCUGUAGACAAAAAGGUUUCCUCUAAAAAAAUCGUUUAGAUUUUGAUAUAUACUGUUAAAAAUGGAGGCUGAUUUAAUCAUAGGAAAUUUCUUAUUAAUAAAGACUUUAAAAUUAACCCAAACCCUUAAUCAUAUGAAGCAAAAUCCGGUUUAACACAUUUAGUCAUUCUUUUUAACAAUUGAAUCAGAAAUAUCAUCAACUACCUUAGUUCUACAGUAUAUGACACACACACAGAAAUUCAUUAUGACAUCAUUGUUUGAUGAUAAUCUGUAUAACACAUGUUCAGUGCCGUUUGCUCUGACAAACGUGACCGCGACUGUCCUUACCGAUUUUAAACCUUAUACCCAUACACAUCAAAGUCAUUGACAGUUGAAUGAUGCUGAAGAGAGUGCUUCAAACACAAAAAACUUUUAUCAUUGUUAUUUUUCUACAAGAUACAUAGCUUGCAACAUAGCAACAUAUUUAAAAAAAAUAUGUCAUUUCAAACAUGGAGAUGUACUUGUGCUAUGUCUUCUUUGGAUUGAGUCGUUUUUUGCAUACUUGUUUUAUAUGUGAUUUUCUGCAAAAAGUUGUUACUUUCUGUAUCAAAAUUUGUUUUAUUGUACUAAUAAAAAGAUAUCAAAACGUACUCAAUUAAAUGAUG